AAACUCUCUCUCUCUCUCUCUCCAGAAAGUGAAGUGAACAGUGUUGUUGUUGUACUAGUCGCUGAUUUUCCCUCCAAAAAUCCCACCCUCCAUUUACUCGUUACCCCACUAUCUUCCCAAAUUUCCUUCACCUCCAAAUCCCUAAACCCUAAACUCUCUCUUUUUCCUUCCUAAUUGAGUGUGUUUCUUUACUUACUUCUGUAUAAUUGCUACUCUAGUUUUCAUCGUCGCGACCAAUUUUUCUUAUUUCUAUUUUUUUCCCUUUAGAAAUUUCAUUGCUUUGUUUUAGGGUUCCUAGUGGAUUCUGGUAUUCUAUUCGAUGUGAAUUGAAAUGGGUUCUCUUUGGGACGAAAACGAUGAAAUCAAGCCAAUGGAAACAAAUCCAGUUGUCGAUUGUGCCCAUACCCAGCCCAUUGAUAGUCAGAUUUCAAGUCCUCCAUCUCCUGAUGAAAAGGCCAAAUUUGAGGAUGCUCAUGAGAUAGUGCAAGACACUGUGCCUUUUGAUGAUACUGUUCUAGUUGAAGAUGCAUUCGAAACUCAAGUGCUUAAUCUUGCUGGCGAAACCCAAGUAAUGGAUUUUGGUGCUGAAACCCAAGUAAUGGAUUUCGGUGGCGAAACCCAAGUCAUUGAUUUUGGUAGUGAGACCCAAGUAUUAGAUUAUAUAAACUGCGUUGAGAACAUGGAAACUCAGUUAUUAGAGUUUGAAGAUGAAGUUGUCAGUGACACUGACAGUGAAGAGUCGGAUACAACUGAAGUUUUUGAUGAUAACAAGCAUCUAACUCAUGAUGAAUCAGUAAGAAGAGGUUCUGGUCAAGUAGUGAAUGAGGAGAAGAUUUGCUGCACUCCUUUUGAAAAUAGUGAAAAGGGGUUAAUGGAGCAAGCCAAUAAUUCGAUCCACGAGAAACAAAAUGCAGAAACACCUGUGGAUAAAAGCUCCCCGGAACUGAAACCCGGAUCUGUGCGUAUGCAUUUCACCUCAGUCCGUGCCGCAUCAUUGCGGGCCUCUGGUCUAGCAGCUCGCUUGAAGGGCACGAAUAGUGAGUCUCCUUCUGUUCCAAGUAAUAGUCAGUGUUUGGAGCAACUUUCUGGGAAGGAUGCAGUAUCUCUUUUAUGGGGUUCCACCAUAGGUGGGGAGAAAGUCAACCAGGAAUAUGAUAUGGGGAGAUGUAAUGAGAAAAUAAAGAGGUCAACGAAUGAGAACAAUUGCAGGACUGGUAACUCAACAGCGAGAAAACUUUUUAAUGAGGAUUCAGAUGCUGAAGAAAAUGGAUUUCCUCAUAACAGCAGUAGUGGUGAAGAAGGAGAAGGCCUGCUUCAGUUUCCUUGUAAUUUGGCAGGGUUAAGCUAUAUUGACUCUCAAGAACCUGGUGAAUUAUCACAGGCUAAUGCGCUUGAUUUUGUGGAUAAGUUCCUCCAAGUUAAUGUUGAGGAGUUUGUUAAAGAAGUUGACCGUGGAAAGAGUGCUGGGGAAAAUUCAAAAUUUGUCUCAAGUGCAAAAGGGCCACAAAGAUUGGCCAAGAAAGCCAUUGAUAAAAGCAUAGUUCAAGAUGUAGGCAUUUUUGAUUGGGAUGACAGCCGGGAGAAUGAAGAGGGAGGUGAUUUUUUCUGCCGGAGAAAGACAGACUUCUUUGGUGGUGGAAGCCAUGGCUGGAGAUCUCUUCCCCAAUCCCAGAAGUCCAAAGGGAACAGACAGGAGGGCCAGAAGGAUCACAAAGAACAAUUACAGGGAAAGAACAAGAAAAUGGGUGUAAUUCAUUCAGAUUCAAAACUAUUGUUGCAUAAUUCAAAAUUCAACAAGAAGACAGAACAUGAAGAUGAAAUCAAACAUAAAAAGAAUCUUGCUAGUGAGUUUGACAAGCAGUUUGACAUCAACUCCACUAGAGGACAGUUGGAUGCUAAUGUCAAAAAGAACAAUGAUCCUGAAAUGCUAGAUGUAGGUAUUGAUACUCAAAUGGCAGCUGAAGCUAUAGAAGCAUUAUUUAAUGGUGAAGGAAUUUCCAAUUGUGAUGCUAUUACUGCACUUCCAGAUGUUCAAGGAAAUCCAAAAAGUUCUCCUGAAGGUUCCGUGGGUGAAAAAACAAAGAAUACACUUUCUUCAAGGAAACCCUCUUCUCAGAAAAGAGCACGUCUGUCUGAUGCAGGGGUUGCUUCUCGAGAAUCUCGACAAGCCAAGAAAACUAGGAUUGGUGCCAAAUCUGGGAAACAUUCUUCAAUUUCAUCUCCAGAAUAUUCUAAGACUGCCAGGAAGAAGUGCGAAACAGAGUUGGUGAUAACAAAAUCAAAGAAGGCCAAUUCAAAUGCUAAAAAGCACCUUAACAUCAAUGGGAACAAAAGCUUGGAGAAAAUACCUUCUGUCGCUAUUGACCUGAGAACAGAAGAAUCUAUAAAAGGGCAUUUACCAGAUGUUGGUAAUUUUGUACCCAUUGCACGUCGGACUAGACAUUCUAUGGUGGUAAAUCAGUUACAGAAAGCUGACAAAGUAUCAAGUGAUUGUGGAGAAGAGUCGAGCUAUCAGACACAGAAUGUUGCAAUUAGGGAAAAAAUAAUUAGUUUUACAGGUGUUCAGAAGUCUAAAGUGCUAAAUGCAAAAUCUUCAAAACUAGAUUCCAAUAAAACUGGAAAAGUGGGAAAUAACAAACCAAGCCAACAGGAGGAGUCAGAUUUCAAGUUCGAAGCAGUUAGUAACGGUAUUAAAUUGGAUGUGUUAAACUUUCCCAAAAGAAGAAGAUCUCGGCGAAAUAUGUCCAUUCAGGUUUAUGGACCCAAUAACUCAGAUGGUCCAUCUGAGCCAUCUGUUCAGGCAGACAAAAUUGGACAACAUGUCAAUAGCCACAAAAGGUUGCGGAGUGGUGCGAAAAACAUUUGCACUGAUAUAAAGUUGACAAGGAGGACACGAUCAUCUACAUGUGGAGACCAGAAUUUGGAUGGAAAGUUUGCUCAAGAAAUUUUAAAAGGAGGUCCUGGGGAAGCUCCCCUUCAUUGUAAUUCUUCUCAUAAGGAUGGGAGAAUGAUAUCAGAGAUUAUAACUGGCAAGAAGGUAGUUGGGAUCUCUGACAGGAAGAGUGUUGCAAAUUGCUCUUCUGCUGCUAAAAUGUCGGAUGAAUUCCCAAGAGAGAACUGUAAACCAUCUGAUUCAUCAUGUACUACUCCAGUUAACAAUAAGGUGCCUGUCAAUGCUGCAUCUCCUGUUUGUAUGGGCAAUGAAUAUUUCAAACAGACAUGCAAGAGGAGGCUGUUAGGGUCAAGUCUUUUGAAAGAAAUCCGUGGCUUAAGUGCAACUGUGUGUGAACCAACUUCAACACCAGAGUUAAGAAAGAGGAGAGAUAUGACUGAUGUUCGAGUUUUGUAUAGUCACCACUUGGAUGACGAUAUAAUUAAGAAGCAGAAAAAGAUUUUGGCCCGACUAGGAGUUUCUGUAGCAUCAUCUAUGACAGAUGCCACACACUUCAUAGCAGAUCAGUUCGUGCGUACGAGAAAUAUGUUAGAAGCUAUUGCUUUUGGGAAGCCAGUGGUGACGCAUUUAUGGCUCGAGAGCUGUGGACAAGCUGGCUGUUUCGUUGAUGAGAAAAGUCAUAUACUAAGGGAUAAUAAAAAGGAGAAGGAGUUUGGAUUUAGCAUGCCAGCGUCAUUGGCACAUGCAUGCCAGCAUCCACUUUUACAGGACCGUAAAGUCUUCAUCACCCCAAAUACAAAGCCUGGUAAAGAAAUAAUUUCAAAUUUGGUCAAAGCAGUCAAAGGCCAGGCCGUGGAGAGAAUUGGUAGAUCAACUCUGAACGCUGAUAAAAUUCCAGAUGAUCUGUUGGUUCUAUCUUGUGAGGAAGAUUAUGAAAUAUGUGUGCCUUUACUUGAAAAAGGAGCUGCAGUUUACAGUUCAGAGCUGCUAUUGAAUGGGAUUGUUACUCAGAAGCUGGAGUUUGAAAGGCAUCUCCUCUUUUCUGAUCAAGUUAAGAAAACCCGUUCCACCAUAUGGCUGAGGAAAGAUGACAAUAAGUUCCUGCCUGUAACAAAAAAUAAAUAAGGUGAAACAUUUUUGUCUUCGCAGUUUCCCUUUUUCUCCUUUAUAUGGUCACCCAUUUUUGUUAGUUGCUUUCCUAAUUGACUUCUUUUUUUUUUUCUUCUUUUUUUUCAUGUAAAAAUAUAUAUGCUGUACAUAAAAAGUGUAAAUUUUUCCGUCUUUGUUCUCCCCUAUUUAUUGGGUAAUGUAGCUAGUUAGUGGUCAAUGUCGCAAAUCGUGUAAUUUCAAACUUCAUGUAUCGAAGCCAUGGUUCCUGGCACUAAUCGAUCACUUUACUUCAACACAAUAUGGUACCUUAAAAAGGUUGAGCUCUCGUU